ACUAAAUCAAAAAAAGCUCAUAUAAUUAGUUAAUCUCUUUCUUAUUGUGAUUCCCAGAAGAAAAACAAGCCUGAGAUAAAAUGCGUAUCACUGAAAAUUCGAAUCCUAUAAUCGAACCUUAUAUACCUGUAGCGGACUUUUAUGUAGGAAAAUCCAUCUUUAUAACAGGAGGCACUGGGUUCUUGGGAAAAGUUUUAACGGAGAAGCUAUUAUACAGUUGUCCAGAUAUAGGAAAUAUUUAUUUGUUGGUCCGAGAUAAAAAGAAUGUCUCAGCCCAGGAAAGAGCCAAAGGAUAUUUCGACACUCAGCUCUUUGACAGAUUAAAUAAAGAAAGACCCGAGAAUUUGAGGAAAAUAAAAUUUAUCAGUGGAGACCUUACACAAGCUAAUCUUGGUCUUAGCUCAAAAACUUUGAAAACAUUACUGGAAGAGAUAUCAGUGGUGUUUCACCUCGCGGCAACUAUAAAGUUUAACGAACCGUUAUCUAUUGCCAUGAAAAUCAACGUUGAAGGCACAAACGAAGUGUUAAAACUGUGUCAGAACAUGAAGAGGAUUCAAGUGUUUGUGUACAUGUCCACUAUAUUCUCUAACACAAACCACGAGCGGACAAUGAUCGAGGAAAAGUUAUAUCCAGUUCCCAUGCCGUUGGAUGAAGUGUACUCAAUGAUUCAAGAUGGCGAUGAGAAUGACGUGUUCAGUCCGGAAUUACUAGAUGGUCGACCCAAUACAUACACCUUCACUAAAGCUUUAGCUGAACACAUCGUAGCUACGAGACGAGGGAGUCUGCCGACGAUCAUCAUACGUCCCUCAAUCGUGACCCCAGCUAUAGAAGAACCCGUGAAAGGAUGGAUAACCAACUGGAUGGGUUCUACGCCGGUACUCUACCUCCUGGGCAAAGGCUGGUGUCGAUGUGUGACCGGUAGGGGGGAGAACAUAUUAGAAAUCAUUCCCAUCGACUACGUAGUGAACCUCACUGUUGCAGCAACUGCCAGAUAUACUCGGUCCGACGAAAUACCGAUCUACCAUUCUUGCACUAGUUCCUCAAACCCGCUAACACUGAAAGAAACUGGUGAAUUCUUCACAAAAGAAUGCCGCAGACAAGGGUUCCAUGACCUUCCGCUUUCUGGAGUGCUGUUCACCACGUCACCACUGGUGCUCGCUAUAAUGAGGUUUAUUUUUGAAGUGGUUCCAGCUUAUAUUGCCGACUUCCUCCUGCUGAUAAUGAGGAAACCAGUAAGAUACGUAGACCUCCAGAAAAAAGUUGCCAUUGCUGCAUCGGCGACCGAAUACUUCAGGACGAAAAUCUGGCUGAUGAAGGCCAAGCGUACAGAAGCACUUUUCAACUCCUUGAAUAGUAAAGACCAUAGCAUAUUCCCUUUCAAUCCUUCCAGCAUAAACUGGGAACAGUACAUGGCCAUCUACUUGCACGGGAUCAGAAAAUUCUUGCUGAAGGAAAAAAACUAUGAAUAAACAAAGAAUUAAGAUUAAGAACAGACAAGAAAGACAACUACCAAUCGCGAGUCGGACUCACGCACGAAGAGCUCCGCAGCAUUAUCUAUAAAAAUGGCAAAAAACUGUCUGUUUUAUGGUCCCAAUAAAUAUUUAUUUCAGUACAAGUGUCCGCGGCUUCGUAGGUGGUUUGUUUUUCAUGAAUCCUGAGGGAACCGUACGUUUUUCCGGGAUAAAAGACAGCCUAAAUGUUAAUCCAGGGUAUAAUCUAUCUCUUUUCCAAAAUUCAGCCAAAUUGGUUCCGUAGUUUUUGCGUGAAAGAGUAACAAACAUCCAUCCAUCAAUAGCAACUUUGGCAUUUAAAAUAUUAGUAGGAUUUGUUGAACAGAAAUAAAAGAAUCAUCUAUGAAAAUUUUAACAAUCUAACUAUCAUGGUUCAUGAGCUACCAGUCGGACGGACAGCAGAAUUUUAUUAAUACGUUCCGUUUUACCCUUUGUAUUUUUUACUUAUGUAUUAUAUGUCAGUAUUAUUACUAUGAUCCCAUGUGAUAAUAUCCUUAAAUUUCUUACUGGGAUCUUAAUUCUUAUUAUCAAACUUUAAGCUAUCCAUAAUUGAAAU